CAUAAGAAAUCAAAGGUGGAAACAAAUAAGUAGUGAAAUGGCGAAAAGAAAAAACAUGAAAAAACCCAGCAACAAACCAAACAAACUGCACAAAAGGUUACUUAUCCUCCCUCUUCACAGUCAUCCAUUCUCCCUUCACUUAUCACCUCUUUCUGCAGACUCUUAUAGUACUAGAGCCAUAUCUUCUUUUUCCAUAAAGUGGAUGAAAGAUUCCCAAAAUGAAUUGAGAGCUUUAAGGAUGUAAGUAACAAUUUUGCAUGACACAUUUGAUCUGAUCACACGUUCAAGGCUCAUCUCGCAGUUGGGGACAACAAUCAUCCGUGCAUGCGGUGCCACUGCAGUUCAACAGCGCCCGCUGUCGAUCAAACCCCGCUACUACAUCCUACAAACGCAGGACAUGCCCUGCGCAUCGAUCACUUCUACUCCGAGGUUAAUGAGACAAUAGCUGAAAAAACAUCAAGCACCCCACACUUGAAGCCACUGACUGUGUGGUUUUAGUAAACAACUUUGCAGGAGGUAAAGUUGUGUGUGUGUGUACAGAACAAGCUGUUUUUGCCGAUGCCUUCCUCCUCUACAGCCCCAUGCUGGAGUUAGCUUGCCCCCGCAGCUCGCAGGAUAUUCACCGCCCUCCAUCUAAAACGGAAAAAUCCGUCUCAGAGUGCAAAGUGGACGCGAUCUGUGUCCGGGCUGCUCGGUCGGUGUGUGCUCGCCCCACUCCAACGUUGGGUUAGGGCGCUUGUCAGUGUCCAGUCACGUGGUGUCACACGGACGGCCAUGUUUCCGAAACACAAACAACAAGAGGAGCAGCGACUGGGAGCCAGCAGACACACACUGAUACGCAGCAGCGACCGUCGGAGGAGAGGGGGGAAAUAGUGAACACAACGCGGAGCACGACUUUGUGGAAGUGCGAUUCUGUCGAAUGAAUACGUUUACAGUGUUUAAAGAGACCAAUGCAGGCGACAUAUUGGCUGUAGCCGCACCGCGCAGACCAGCAGUCUGGUAGCUACACACAGUGAAGUGGUGCAAAGGGAGGUGGACAGGAAAUAAAGGAGUUACCUGGAGGGUGUCCGUCAAUCCACAUUUUAGUUGGAGCGAGAGAAAAAGGCACGACGGGAGAGAGAGAAAGGAGAAGAGGAGUGCGUGUCGCGUCUGCUCUUGGCAGCUGUUCCAGCAGCCUGUUUCAUCCUUUCGGCUGUUAUUUCGUUUUUGAUGAAUCAGUUCAUAUUUUUAACUUUAAUGUGAGAUAUAACUGCUGUAGUAAAAGAAAGAAAGAAAGAAAAUAUUAUUAAUAGCAAGAGUGUUUUUAUUUUGUUCCAUCGUUGUUUUCUGAGGUUCUUUUUGUUUUUUUGUGUUUAACAACCUUUUUGGGCUGUGAGUAGCAGGAGCUUCCAUUCUCCAAACUAUCGUCGAAACCCCUUCCUUACUUAGUUAGGACCUGAUAACCUGGUAUUCCUCAAGCACCUGAAACUGGCAGCUAUUCUCUUUGUGUCUGUGUGUUUGGGGAGCUCUGUGACCACAGCUUAAGCACCACUCAGCCUUUUUGUCACCUAAGCCUAACUAAAGCCAGCCAGCUCUAGCCUGGUCCAGCCCAGUCCAGCCUGCUCCGAUCACUUGGACAGGAUACUCAGUUCUGUGUGGACGUGAGGAAUAUGACUGCUGAGACUCUUAACUUCGGCCCAGAAUGGCUCCGUGCACUGUCCAGUGGGGGGAGUGUGACGUCCCCCCCUCCUUCCCCCGCCAUGCCAAAGUACAAGCUGGCCGAGUAUCGCUACGGCCGAGAGGAGAUGUUAGCACUUUAUAUCAAAGACAACAAGGUCCCAGAGGACAUGCAGGAUAAGGAGUUUGCUGCUAUUCUGCAGGAUGAGCCCAUGCAGCCACUGGCACUAGUGCCUCUCACUGAGGAGGAGCAGAGGAACUUCUCCAUGUCUGUGAACAGUGUUGCAGUGCUGAGGCUCAUGGGAAAAGGGGUCGGUGGGGCUGCCCCAGCUGGAGUGGUCCGAGGACGAGGAGCCGCACGAGGCGGUCGAGGACGAGGUCGUGGUGAAGGUGGAUUCUACCAAAGAAGUAUUGAGGACGUGGAGGUGGGUUUUGGCCGCAGCGUGCGAGAGAUACACCGCAGCCAGAGCUGGGAUGACCGUGAACUGAUACAGCUCACUGAUACUGCCAUUUCCCUCAGGGGCGAGCGACGAUUUGAGAAGCCACUGCGGCGGGAGGUUGGGCGUCCUGGCUUUGAAGACCCUGUAGGUCCCGUUGUUCCAGGGAGGAAGGAGUACACAAGGGCUGACAGCGAUAACUGGCGCACCCUCCGGGAGGAGCAGGAGGAGGAGGAGGGGGAGCCAGGCACCAACUGGAGACUUGCUGUAUCCCGCAGAGAUGUAUCAUCAGUAUCUGUUCUGUCAGAUGGUGGUCCUCGCUCAGCAGGCUGGCGGGAACACGUCGGCCCAGGUGAGAGUCGUCGGAGGAAGUUUGAUUUUGACUUCCGGGAAUCGGAUGGUCAUGGCGGUGGCCGCCGGCGUGCGGGCAGUGAGGGACUAGAGGACGACAGGGACGGCCUGCCAGAGUGGUGUACAGAUGAGGAAGAUGGGGAGAUGGGCACAUUUGACUCCUCUGGAGCUUUCAUGCCUUUGAAGAAGGGUGACAAGGAGACAAUCCUGGAGGAUGAGUUUGAGUUCAAGGGGAUAGAGGAAGAGGAGGAGGAGGAGGAAGAGGAGGAGAGCCUCACUGACACAGAGAGGAACAGCGCUGAAGGAGACAAAGAGAAUAAAGAAACUGGCUCUGCUGCGGUUGAUGGUGAGGCAAAGCCAGCAUCACCCACCUCUUCUCCUCCAACAUACUGUUCCCCUCCAUCCCUGGAGCUUCAACCCAGCAACGCAUGCACAGUUGUGGAUAAUACUCAGCUGAGCAACAGCCACCCUGUCAAGGCCAACAGCACGCCUGGUGAAGACUUGGCUCCUUUAGGGGGCUCCAAGGCCCAUUUGAGCCCCAGCACCACCACCUCCAGUUUGCCUCCCCCACCCCCUUCCUCUGCUGCUCCUCUCCUCCCUCCAUCUGGAGGAGACAAUGAGGAUGAUGAGGGCAUGAAGCACCUGCAGCAGGAGGCAGAGAAGAUGGUGGCAUCACUACAGGACACCUCUUUGGAGGAGGAGUGUUUCACCCAGGCUCUGCAGCAGCAGGAGAGCAGGAACACUGCAGCCGCUCUACCGCUGUCUCAUGAAGCCGCUAUGAAGUGGUUCUACAAGGACCCACAGGGAGAAAUCCAGGGUCCUUUCACCACAGUGGAGAUGUGUGAGUGGUUCCAGGCUGGCUACUUCACCAUGACCCUGCUGGUGAAGCGGGGCUGUGAUGAGGGCUUUCAGCCCCUGGGGGACGUCAUCAAGAUGUGGGGCCGUGUGCCCUUCGCCCCAGGGCCCUCCCCGCCGCCCCUGCUGGUGAGACAGCCACCACCAACGCAGCGCCCGCAGCCCACCCGGGGGCCCGCAGGGACUGGAAACCUGGACCAGGAGCGACUGAAAAAGCAACAGGAGCUGGCGGCAGCAGCUCUUUAUCAGCAGCUCCAACAGCAGCAGCUAUUCCAGCUCAUUAACAGGUGCAGUGAGCAGGGUAUGAUGCCUUCGAUGAACAGAUCGAUAUCAGUGCCAGAUACAGGGUCCAUGUGGGACAUGCAUACCUCAGCUUCACAGCCGUCCGGCAGUGAAGCCAGUCUUUGGGACAUAACAAUGAAUCCUACUACUCAGGGUCCAACUCUCGAACAGCUUCAAAAGCUCCAGCAGGAGAGGCGAGACGCUGAACUCAGGGCGAAGCGUGAGGAGGAGGAGCAGCGUAAGAGGAGAGAAGAGAAGAGAAGGCAACAAGAGGAACAGAAGAGGAGGGAGGAAGAGGAGCUCUUCAGACGCAAGCAGUGUCGUCAGCAGCAGGAGUUGAUCAUGAAGUUGCUGCAGCAGGCCCCCCAGCAGCAGGGUCCUGGGGCCGGCAGCUCGGGCUGGAGUGGGGGUCCUUCCUCUGGGCUCACCAAAGCAGGUAAAUCCCCAGCUCUGGCUCUGAUGGAAAUGCAGCAGGAGGCAGAGAGGCUUCUGAAGCAGCAGCAGCAGCAGAGAGCCCAACAGAGAGAGAGAGAUCGCCACUCCGGCAUGUCAAUGGGGAGCUCCUCAAUGGGAAGUCAGUGGGUGGAUGGUGUUGGCAUGUGGGGUGGACCUGGAGGUAUGGAGGGUAAAAGCAGCAGUGGAAGCUCUUCAGGCAGCAUGGGCAUGUGGGACGAGGCUGUGAAGAACCAGACCGGCCUGCGUGGCAACAGCAACAACAACAUGGGCUUGAAGAACAGCCGCAGCAGCCCGUCACUCAGUGAGCAGUACAUGAUGCGCCGUAAGCGGACAGAGGAGGAAGACAAGCUGCUGAAGCUGCUGCAGGGCAUGAAGCCCCAGGAUGGCUUCACCACCUGGUGUGAACAGAUGCUGCAUGCUCUCAACACCUCCAACAACUCCACCUCUUCUUUGGAUGUUUCCACAAUUGUGGCAUACCUGAAGGAGGUGGAGUCACCCUAUGCAGUGCUGGACUUCAUCCGGUCCUACCUAGGGGACACAGUGGAAGCCAAAGAGUUCGCCAAACAGUUUUUGGAGCGACGUGCCAAACAGAAAGCCAACCAACAGAGACAGCAGCAGCAGCAGUUAUCAAAGGAAGUGGCUGGAUUGAACAUGAACUUCCCUCUGCAGGACUCAAUGCGAGGUAUGAACCCAAGCACCCUGCAGUCAAUGUUUCAAACCAACCACAUGGGCAAGGCUGGUCUCUACGACAACCAGGGGGGAAAGAUGAAAAAGAAACAGCCCAUGAUGCUGCACUCUGACCCCAGCAUCUUAGGGUACUCAUUCCACAACACGGGCGAGUGUUUGAGCCUGAAUGAGAUGGAGAUGGUGGAGGAUUACUGAUGUGACGCAGCGCAGCAGCAAUAGCUACCUGAGGCCUUCUGUCUUUUAAUCAGACAAACCUGAUGACGAAUGUGCACUGCUGGGGGAAACAAGGGUUGGGGGUAGGAGGGGAGCAAGCGCGAGGGGAGGUGCAGGGUGGAGGCGCCUGGAUCUGCGCCUCCCACUCUUGGCUUCCCUCUGGAAAGACGCAAAGGGCUCCCUGCUGCACCAGUUGAUCACUUGAGCAGGGGAGAAGGGGGGUGAGGUUAAAAGGAAGAUGGGUAUCCUCUGGCACUCAAAAGAUUAAGCACCUUAUACUGAACUAAUGCACUUUAUUGAGAUGGGAUUUGAAUCGUUUUUUUUUUUUCAUGUGUGAAUGUGAGAGCGUUUGGAAUCAGUGCGCAUACAAGAUGUGUGUUCAUACACAAUAUCUGUGUGCAUGUGCAUCGGAACUGGAAGGGGCGGUGAAACAGUCGGUGGGUUGAAUGGUCGGGCUGUUAGGUUUUCAAAGUCAGGGGGACCUUUAGUUGAAACCUUAUCAGAGAGCAAAUCCUUUCUCAAAAGACAAACACUGUUGAUAUUUCUCUUGUUUAGCAUUUUUUUUACGUUUAUAUAAAAAGUAAAGCUAUUGAAAAAUGGAUUAUAAAAAAACUUGAAGAUUUGCACUUGCCUAAAAAAGAAAUAACAAAACAACAAAAAAAUUAAACAAAUGGGGUUAGUUAUAGAAGUGAAUAUUUUUUUAUGAAUGUGUAUGAAUGACUGAGUGAGUGAGUGGUGUGAGAUGGUUGGUUUGUGUCAGUAAUAUACCAGUCUGCACAAUGUUUCUUUUUCUUUUGUUGCUUACCAAGAUGUAUGAAACAUAAGAGGCCAUUUUUGUCUUUUUUUUUUUUGUUUUGUUUAAAUGGUAAUUUUGUAUUCUCAUGUUUAGAGCGUGUGUCCCUUCUCCAAACAGGGACUUGAUCUCCAUGUUUUGAGUGAGUAUGAAUGCAAGAGAGAGAGAGAGAGAGGGCAAUUGCACAACACAUCCUUUCUCUCACCAGCUCUUCUUCCCCAGAUAGACAAAUUCGAAAAUGCAUACAUUUGUAAAUGUCAGCUUUCGCGCUCAUAACCUGAUGACCACCACUAGUUUAUUUCCCUUAGCUUCUCCCUAUGGGGAGCUGUCUCUAGUCCUGUGAGGACUGGUAGACAGGGCGAAUCAUAAGGGACAUUACUGUGUGUGCAUCUGAAUGAGAUGUGUGUGUGUGAGAGAGAGAGAGUGCAUGUUCAUUUAUUGUUCAUAGAAAUGAGUUGAGACUACAGGUACUCAUUUUGAAUACAUGUGCUUUUUUUGUAUGUGUAUGAAUGCACAUUUGUGCCUAAGAACUUGGAUAGGGUGCAUGGCCAUUGAGACAUUAACUCUUUUUUGAGAGCAGGUGUGACGUGUGUCAGUGCUCAGCACAGUGUAUGUAAAGUAUGAAAGUUUGUAUCGUAAAUAAUUCUAGUUCAGUCUUGGGGUGAUCCAUCGGAAGGUUAGUCCAGUCUGUUUUCCUGGGGUGUGAUCACGUUGCCUUUCGUCAGCUCUCGAACUUGUGAAUGAAAGGUGUCGAGUUUCUGACUCUGAAAAAAAAAAAAAAAGCAUCUUAAUGUGCAAGUGCACAGAAUGGUGCAUGAAAUGUUAGCAUAUUGUGUUACUUAUUCGUUGUUGCAAUUUGAUAAUGACGAGUUUUCUUUUUUUAAUGAAAAAUAUAUAUGAAUAUAUACAUUAUAUACAAAGUUUAAAAAGUAUUUGGACUAAGAUAAUGAGCACUUGGGGCUGCUAUUUUUGUUGUUUUAAAUUUUUUUUUUUCCUUAAUUUGUUUUUUGUUUCAUUAUCGC